AUGAGCAUUCGAAGAUGUGGUCAUUCAAAAGAUCACUUUUUCAUCGAGCUUGGGCGAUCAGCUGUUACUGGAGCUGGAGAAAUAUACAUGGCAACUGAAGGUACUCUCAUAGCCCAGAAUAUGCAUGAAACUGUUUUGAGUGCAAUGAAGUCUUCCAAAAUUCGAGAGGAUGGAACCCUCCUUCCUCGUCCACGUAGUGCCUCAACAAGUGAAAACUCAAACCCUGCUGCCACUAGACGUCCAGUAGGAGUUGUAGCACCUCAGACACUUACUUCUUCAAAUAGUUAUGUACUCUCUGGCAGUAGAGAGCGAUGUGAUAGCCUGCCUACUAGGCCCAAAACCUUGGUGGAAAAUUCCCAAAACGGCAUUGUUCUUAGCUUUAGUCCCUGCUCUAUGUCAAGUGCUACAGGAAAUACAAGCAGUACUGAAGAUAUGGAUAGUAUAAAAGUGCACAGUUCUGGAUCUCAUUUCAACUCAAAGUCUGCUGAUGGAAUUACUCCAUCUGAUCUUCCAAUCACAGAAGUACCUGAUGAAUAUUUGAUGAUGUCGCCAAGUGAUACUAAACAAGCUAAACAAUGUGUCAAGAUAGAGAAAGAAACUUGUAAUGCAACCACACCUGUGAUUCUAAGUAUACCGAAACAAGCUUCUGUUUCAAAUAACCCAACUUAUAUGUCCAUGGCUCAAACAAGCAUUUCUGAAAAUAAGACUGUUGUUCAAGAAAACUAUGUUACUAUGUCUGCUGUUAAUAUUUCUCCAAAAACUACUUUUAAUGACAUGAACUCUUCCAAUAAAAGUAAUGCAGAAUGUUUUCAUGAAAAUAAUGCAUUUAUUUCAUCAAAGGUAUCUUCAGUGGGUGGUGAAACAGUUUCAUCAUCAUCCCAAAUUCUGAAUGCACAUUUUCAAAGUGAAACUAAAACAUGUGAUAAACCUCCUGUUAGUGAUAAACUUACAAACUUUUGUUUUGCUUCAAAUUUAGGUAAUGUUCAAUUUCAUAGUCGCAAUAAAACUAAUAAAGUUCCAGAAUUUGAAGGAAAUGCCCCGGCUGUACCACCACAUCAGAAUGAUCCAGAUCUGAAAUCAGAGGCAAAGAAAUUUGCAUUUGAGUCUUGUGUAAAAGAAAAUGUAAAAUGCAUACAAAUCGAAGAAAAUUGUGAAUCUGAAGAAAAUACGAACUUUAACUACAGUAAGAAAAGUACUGAAAUUUCUCCAGUUGAUCAAAACACCAACUUUAACUGUCAGGUUAACAGUGAGAGGUGCUCAAAAAACUUGUUACCUUGUGCAUAUUCAUGUUCCGAGACAGAGAAAAGUCAUACCUGUGAUGCAGCAUCUUAUAUUUUAUUAGAACCAAAACAUGAUGGAAAGCGAAAACAAAAAAAUAUUCACGGUCGAAUUCUGGGCAAGGAAUCUGCUUCUCCUAACUCCCAUGAACUCAUACAAUAUCACUUGUCAAAUACAUUUCCCGGGUCUAAAAAUUUCAAUUUUCCGGCUAAAAGUGAGAAUGCCAUCACUCAUUCUCAAGAUGAUUACGUUAACUUGGAAUUUAAAAGCUCCAGUGGCUCUAAUUUAUGUUUAAGUGCACAGACCCAUAAUCUGCAACAAAUUCCUCCUUCACACUGUGCAGCAGAUCCGAGUUACUCGAACCUUCAUCUGGGUAAACCCUUCUGCCCUGUUCCUAAUCCUGCUCUCGCAAAACUUGAAACGACCGUACUUCCUUACGGCAGUUCCAUCAGAGCAGAGAAAACCGCGAAAUCCGAGCAAAAUCCCUCUUCGUCUAUGAAUGUCAACAGUUUCCCAGAUGGUAACCGGAGCCAGAAAUUGCAUAAAUCUCCAACUAGCACUUUGAGUAAAGAUGUUCCCAAGACUCUGACAUUGAUGCCAAAGUUCAGAAACAUUCCUAACACACUUCCAGCAUUUAGAAAGCAGAUGUCUGCUCCAGCUGCUCCUCCAUCACUGAGACCGGAGCUGCCUUCGCCUGGCCGAAAGAGUUCAUGUCCCGUCACAGCAUCAGCGAGUAUGAUAAAGCCACCGCAUCCCACAACAGUGGUCAGUUGCAUGAAACCAUCGCUCGGUGUCCUCUCUAGUCAUCUCAAAGUGUCUUCUUCCCGCUCUCCCGAUCACAGCAGCGUAUCGAGCAUCUCGUCGGCCAGCGACGAGAUAAGUUCCAACCACAGUAGUCCGAAAACAAACGUUGCUCAAAAUUUUCGUCAGCAUUUCCCCGAUUCCCAGUACGAAAAUGUGGUCUUGCCUUCAAAACUCCCCUCUCACAAAAUCGUUCCAUCUGUCGAUGACGAAAAAGAGCUGAACUACGCGUCGCUGGACCUCGCCCCUGCAACAAAAGACGAAAUACCUUCUUCUCCCACAUUUCAAAAGCCCGCGGAAUCUAACUAUGAAGAACCAUUGCUUUAUGCGGAGAUAGAUUUUACAAAGUCAGAAGGUUUGAAAAAUACAUCUGGGACCUUCAGGGAUUCUCGUUUAUAGUGCAAUAGAAGACUUAACUAAGAUGCCGUUAGUUAUAUUUAGAAAUGAAUGAAUGGUUGUUCAUGUGCUUGAAUAUUACCUGUCGUAGACUUAAGGUUUCAAUUUGAGUUUUUUGACUGUUUCAAAUUUUAUUUAUCAUCUAUCCUUCAUUUUGCUGUAUGGAAGAAA